AGUCGUCGGCGAUCCGGCCGUGAGAGCGGGCGUGCCCGUGCGCGUCGUAAUGAUCUCACUACAUAAAUGUCAAAUAAGAUGAUUUCGAAAAAAAACAGUGACAUGUGCUUCUUACUAACCUAAACAUUGGUUCGGACGCUAUGGUUUUUGUGUUACACAGUGCGUUUUUAGCAUAUUAACCGUUUUUUCUCUUGAUAUUCUGCAGCAAAAUUUAUAGUCCCGGUUCCGUGAUCGUGUUUUCGCUUCGUAGCUAACUUAUAAAACAUUUCAGGUGUCUUGAAGCCUGCUUUAGUGACUGGGAUUUAGAUGAUGACAGUGUUUGUGUGUUUUGGAUGAUCAGUAAUGCAAUAAUCGCGAUGGACCGCGUGAGUGGCGUGUGUAGAUUUGGCGGGGUGGUGUCGGCGGUUCGGACGAGGACUGGCCGGAGUAGGCGGCGUCUGGCCGGCCAGAACCAGAUGCCAGAAGACCUCCCAGAGCCUCCGAGAAGAGGCCUGGGCGCCAUCCUAGUUCUAGCCUGCAUCAUAGUCUACCACAACUGCCUAUACUGUGGCUUCGUCUUCGACGACAUCAGUGCCAUAAAAGAAAACAGAGACUUGAGACCCCAAACGCCAAUCUCCAAUAUCUUCCUCAACGACUUUUGGGGAACUCCUAUUCAUAAGGUAUGCAUUUGGGAUUUGUGAGCUGUAGUGCAG